AACAUACCUUUGCAAGAAAAUAUCGACAUGCGGACUUUUCGUCGUGCGACCAUCCCUAAUUCGCUGUAGCGAUAAAUACAAAAAAAAACAAACAAUAACAAUGCUCUUCUACUCGUUCUUCAAAUCCCUGGUGGGCAAGGAAGUCGUCGUCGAGCUGAAAAAUGAUCUUAGCAUAUGCGGCACACUGCACUCUGUGGACCAAUAUCUGAACAUUAAGCUGACGGACAUCAGUGUGACGGAUCCGGACAAAUAUCCGCACAUGCUCAGCGUGAAGAAUUGCUUCAUACGCGGCUCCGUCGUGCGCUACGUUCAGCUGCCCGGCGAGGAGGUGGACACGCAGCUGCUGCAAGACGCCGCACGGAAGGAGGCCGUGGUGAGCACGCGGUAGGAACAGGCAUUACCACCCCACUGCCCCCCCAUUUAUUGUGUUUAUUGUGCCCUAAAUCUAAGUGAAAGAAAAAACAUUUGUUAUAGCAGCAAAAAACGCAGAGAAAAUUGCAACCGAAAUUAUAGAAAAA